AUGGGCAACAAAUACACCAUCCGCAUUAAUAACAACACGGGAAGUUCCCAAAACUACAACCUCGUAGCUGACAAGCCUGAGGUGACUGGCACCUCCAAUAGCAACGUUUGGACAAACGUUUACCAGUCAAGUGAGGGCUGCCCCGACGGAGGCCAGACCGAGUUCGAGAUCUGGAAGACCUACUAUGGUAUUGUCGGCUCCUGGAGGGGCAGCCCCAAAGAGGGCACUAAAGUUCAAAUCGCCCAGGCAAAGCCAGUGACGCUUGGCUCACAGUCUGACGAUGGCAGUCAGAACCCAGGCACGACUCUGAGCACCGUAGUUGUUGGUGGGCGGUCCAUCUCGUUUGAUAGAUCGCAGCCACCGCAGUCUGCGUUCAUCAAUGCCUUUGAGAUCGAUACCGGCAACGACUUCACGCUUCAGACGGCCACUGAGAAUAACUUCUUGGUCGGCGUGGCUGGUUCGCCCGAUGGCUCUAGCAGUGUUCCCAUCGCUACUUUCAGACCUGAGCCCGGCAAUCAGUACCAGAUCAAGCCAUCUAACGCCUUCUACAUCUCCGUUGGUCAGAGCUUGCAAGUCGGUCAGCUGGUGGAUGUCGCUAGGAUGAGAAAUUCGCUGCGCAUCGACUUUGCCAACAGCGGACCCAACAUCACCAUCAACCAUGCGCCAACUGGUCAGCUUGUUAUUGCCAAGUAA